AUGUCCGUCCCAAACGACGUGAACGUGCUUGGGUACCCGUCCUUCGACGUGCCAUCGUUUCCGUUGAACGGUCUCACAUUGGCCACCAAACAUGCCAUGGCCAGCGCCCUUGAAACGACCGGCAUGAUCUCCCUUCGCGAAGUUCCUGGGUUCCAAGCCGCCCGCCGACGCUACCUUCAAGCAGCGGCGGACUGUGCUACGUCCAAUCCGGUGGAUUUUGACCAAAUUUUGUCCAAAACGUUGAUGGACGGCACCAUUCGACGGACGUUAAGCAUCAACAUGAACGGCGUGCACGACGCCAUUGCCGACCGAUGCCCUGAGUUCGCCACGUCACAUGCCCAGUACACGACUGUCGUGAACCACGCCACGGCCAAGUUUGCGGCGGCGCUGGACUCAAUCAACGACGACCUGACAGCAGACCAUUUGCUGCCCAUCGUUCACGAGGGCCAUCACUUGGAUCAUUUUCACGCGUACUCAAACACUGGAAGCGAAACCUCAAAGACGGAAACUAGCGCCCCGCUGUCCCUAGAACUGCAUGCGGAUGCAGGGUUGAUGAUCAUCAUGGCCAAGCCGCUGUUCUUUGCCCGAGCGGAGGGGGGGGUGCGCUCAGUCGAAAACCCAAACAAAAAACAAGCAGGACUUGUGAUUCAAGUCGACGGCAACCUUGUGCGCCCCGACCUCAAAGACGACGAGUUGUACUUGAUGGUUGGCGAAGGGUUGCGGCUGUGGGGGAACUUUGGGUUCCAUUUUCACCCUGUAGUGCACGGCAUGGUCAUGCCCAAGGAAGCCGACGCGUCUGUGGUGCGAGCGUUCGCUGGUCGCAUGCUUCUACUUCCUUCCACGAAGAAAAUGACCAACACGGGGCUCACCUUCGGGGCUUACUUGAAUGCGACCACUCGCUACUUGAAGCACGAGUCGGGGGUCGAAUCUGCGAUGUCCCUGGCUUGUCCUGUCGGGCGCGUCUUGCAAGCUAGCGACGAGAGCUGUACGUUGGGCUUGUGGGAACCGGACGAGGGCAGCACCGCCACAAAAGAGCAAUGCAUGCGCCAGUGCAAUAUCUGGGGCCACCCGUCCGAUGACAAGAAAUGCGUCGCCAUGAAAUGCAAGAAGGUGGGAGAAGUCCCUGGCGGGGGCAAUGAUUGCUGGAUGAUGUGUCUACCCCACUUGACCCCGGAUCAAUGUCCUCCUCCUGGAGAAGAAACCUAUCCCAACAACUACUCCUGCCCCCACAACCCCCAAGCCAACCCCGUCCCCCACUCCUGA